AUGGAUAAGAAGAAGGUCGCAGUUCCACUGGUCUGCCAUGGGCAUUCUCGUCCAGUGGUCGAUUUGUUCUACAGCCCAAUUACGCCAGAUGGGUUUUUCCUCAUCAGUGCCAGCAAGGAUUCCACCCCGAUGCUGAGAAAUGGCGAGACUGGAGAUUGGAUUGGAACCUUUGAAGGUCAUAAAGGUGCUGUGUGGAGUUGUUGCCUGGAUAGAAAUGCUUUGCGCGCUGCAUCUGGGUCUGCUGAUUUCUCUGCAAAAUUAUGGGAUGCAUUAACCGGGGAUGAAUUGCACUCGUUUGAACACAAGCACAUUGUUCGGGCGUGUGCCUUUUCGGAGGAUACACACCUUCUACUCACUGGUGGUGUUGAGAAAAUACUUCGCAUAUUUGAUUUAAAUCGUCCAGAUGCACCUCCAAGAGAAGUUGAUAACUCUCCCGGUUCAGUUAGAACUGUUUCAUGGAUUCACAGCGACCAGACCAUAUUAAGUUCAUGCACUGAUAUUGGGGGCGUGAGGUUAUGGGACGUGAGAAGUGGCAAAAUCGUCCAAACACUUGAGACCAAGUCACCUGUAACCAGUGCUGAAUUCAGCGAGGAUGGUCGUUAUAUAACUACUGCUGAUGGUUCCACUGUUAAGUUUUGGGAUGCAAAUCAUUUUGGGUUGGUGAAGAGCUACAACAUGCCUUGCAAUGUGGAAUCGGCUUCACUGGAACCAAAGAUUGGUAAUAAGUUCAUUGCUGGAGGAGAAGAUAUGUGGGUUCAUAUUUUCGAUUUCCAUACAGGAGAAGAGAUUGGAUGUAACAAGGGUCACCAUGGUCCUGUUCAUUGCGUGCGAUUUUGUCCGGGAGGUGAAUCUUAUGCCUCGGGAUCUGAAGAUGGAACCAUUAGAAUAUGGCAGACGCCUUCGAGUAAUAAUGAGCAUGACACUUCUCUUGCAAAUGGACCAAUUGCUAAUGUGAAGGUUGCAGCUGAUGAGGUUAGCCACAAAAUUGAGGGCUUUCAUCUAGCCCAAGAAGGGAAGACGGGGGAGAAGGAAAAGGCAGCAGCAGCAGCAGAUGUUUGA